AUGAAGCUCUCUUCGGUGUUGGCCAUUAUCGCGUCCACCCAGGUGCCCGUGGCCAUCUGCAGUGCCCUCCAACAAAGCCUGUCAAGCAUGAGCCAAGUACACAGCCAAGUCAAGAACGUCCAAAAAGCAGUCGAGUCCUACAACGGAGGCAUCAUGGACCUAGUCAAACUCAGCUAUGCCAGCAACAAUCUCGACCGUGCAAUCGACGAGGCAAUGCAACACAACAGUCAACGCGAGCCACUUGACGCGGAUGAAUUCGAGCAUUAUUUCAAGUCUUUCGAUGAAUUCCACCCGGCCGUUGUCGAAACUAUGCAGGCGCUAGGCCGCAAGGCCUCCCAGUUCAAGUCAACCGGCUCCAAGACGGGCAAUCGAAUCGUCAUCCAGGCUAUCAAGCAACGCCAGGAAGAGUUUCUCGACAGUAUUCGGAAAAGUGUCCAUGAGGAUAAUGUGACUGCACUGGAUACGGGAUGUGGUGACAUUGAUUCUGCAUUUCGGGAUACGUACGACAAGUUUUGGCUUUGA